AUGACAAGGCUGACACUCAAGCCAACAUCCAUAUUGCAACACAUCCUCCUCGUUCUUCCAGGUGGCCAGCCACCCCGCUCAGCUGCUGACGCAUUCGCGGCGCUCAUUCAUGCCGUCAACGCCACACUCGGUCUACAGCUUGUAGGCACAAACGAGAACGCAUCAACGGUCUCAGGGGACGGUUCAGAUGUAUUACCCGCGCAAUGGAACGCGCGUUCGCCCGACUUUGUGUUCAAAUAUCGCGAGCCGACCUCACACGAAACAGUCCUGAUCAAAAUAAUGAAGCUUGGGAGUAAAACUCAGGUUCAUUGCAUACUCGAGCAGACCGAAAAAUCUUCAUCCAUGGAGAUUACUACGACGGAGUAUGUGUCACCCUCAUUCUUCCAAACAGAGCAAAUCGAACAAGAGUCGCUGGUCCACGGAUACGUUUCGUCAGAGCGACUCUCUGAGCUCAUCGCCCAAUAUAUCAAAUCUGUCUUGAGGCCUCUUCUUCCUGAUCUGAAUUAUGAACCACAUUCCCGAUCGCCUAGCCCGGCUCCUCCAAGCACAGAAGGCUCAGCUCCGGCCAGGCAUCGUCCAUCGGAACCUGAAUUUGAGCCUCCACCACGAAUUGACCAACCUUUUACACACCCCUCAAGGAGCGACAACCCGUUGGAAGUCGGACGUAGCGACCUCGAUCCCAUUCCUAAUCCAUUCGCCGGUCGCUCGCCUAUUCAACCGCUGAACCCAGGCGGUGGAAUGUAUGUCGGCCCAGGUCAUCCCAUGUUCACUCAACCAGGCGCCCGAGGACCGCCUACUGGUGGGCCAUGGGGAGGAGAUGGAUAUCUGCCACCCAUGGGUGCACCACCUGGAGCCCGCUUUGACCCCAUCGUGCCAUUUGGAGCUGGAGGAAUCGGCGGCUUCCCUGGGCGUGGCGGACCGGGAGGAGGGCCAUUCGGACCAAGAGGGCGAGGUCAGUUCUCUGGAGAGCCAGAUAAUGACGAGUUCCUCCCACCUCGUUUUGGAGGAGGUAGAGGUGGUUUCUCCCACGAUGAUAUGUUCAUGUAA